AUGGCACCUUACGUGGAGGAGCCAAAUGAGGAUGCGUCCCUCGAGGCGCCUGCAAAGCGCGCCCCUUCUCUGGUCGCCCCAGAGCCAGAACACUGCCCUGGCCCCGAGUCUGAGAAGGCCGGACAAGGUGAUGCCUGCGCAGGAUGUCCAAACCAGCAAAUCUGUGCAUCCGCGCCCAAGGGACCCGAUCCCGAUAUCGCAAUCAUCACCGAACGCCUCGCCGGCAUUAAACACAAGAUCCUCGUCCUCUCCGGCAAAGGUGGCGUCGGCAAAUCCACCUUCUCAACCCUUCUAUCCCAUGCAUUCGCUGCAAACCCGGAUUCUACCGUUGGAAUCAUGGAUACCGAUAUCUGUGGACCGUCGAUCCCGAAGAUGAUGGGAGUGGAGGCUGAGACAAUCCACAUCAGUAACGCUGGCUGGAGUCCUGUCUGGGUCACAGAUAACCUGGGUGCGAUGAGUGUGCAGUUCAUGCUGCCGAACCGAGAUGACGCGGUUAUCUGGCGUGGACCAAAGAAGAACGGACUGAUCAAGCAGUUCCUCAAGGAUGUGGACUGGGGCGAGUUGGACUACUUGAUUGUCGAUACACCUCCCGGUACCUCGGACGAGCAUCUCUCCGUUAACUCCCUGCUGAAGGAAUCUGGUGUUGACGGAGCCGUCGUGGUGACUACCCCGCAGGAGGUUUCGUUGUUGGACGUACGCAAGGAAAUUGACUUCUGUCGCAAGGCUGGCAUUCGUAUUCUCGGAUUAGUGGAGAACAUGUCUGGAUUUGUGUGUCCGAGCUGUACUCACGAGUCACAGAUUUUCCGUGCAACUACAGGCGGAGGACGUCGUCUGGCCAAGAAAAUGGGUAUUCCUUUCUUGGGUGCUGUGCCUCUGGAUCCUCGUGUCGGUAUGGCCUGCGAUUAUGGAGAGAGUUUUGUGGAGAACUUCCCUGACAGCCCAGCAUCUAAGGCUAUCAAGCGUGUUGUCCGGGCAGUUGGUGCAGCAGUUGGAGAGAACCCAGAUGAUGUUCUCCCCGAGGAUAUGAUUGCUUAA